CUAGAAACAAAUACUAAAACAUUAAAAACUAAUGUCGAGAAAUUUCUAAAUAGUAUAAAACCAAAACCAACAAAAGAAAAUUAUAUGGAAAUUGGUUUAUAUUUUGCAAACACGUAUGUGGCCUUUUAUAAUAAUGCAUCAACUGUUCAUCCGAUUGAUUACUUCUGUCAAGAACAUAUUAAUAUUAAUACACGUGGGGAGGAGUUUUUAACAAAAAUGAAAUGAAAAUAAGAAGAAGAAGAAGCAUAUUAUGAUUAAUUAGUUGAAGAUAAAUAUAAAUUAAAUUGUAUAAUACAAUUACAUAUUAUAUUAUAUAUUAUAUUAUAUUACAUUUAAUUGUACAUCUAAUUAUAAACACAUACUAGGUGCACUAUAAUAAUCUACUAACACUAAAAUAAAUUCAAUGUUUUCAUCAAAAAAAUAUUUCAACCUUUAUCGUAUGUUAUUUAUAGCAGGUAGCAAGUAUCUAUCAUUUAUCACUAAUAUAUUAUAUAUUAAUAGGGUUCUAAAUUAGAAAUAUUUCAAUGAAAUUAUGAAAAAUAUUUUGUCUUCUUUAAAACAUGUUCGGUUAUUGUUAGAAACAAUAAUUUCCUUAAACACUUACAAUUAAAAAAAAACAUAUUAUUUUUGUUGAUUUAUUAUUUUACAUUUGUAUAUUCUAUACAUAUUAUGUAGUGCUGAAAAAUAUUAUUAAGAAUAAAAACAUUUUUAUUUUGCA